CUUCUUUAAAAACCCCAUCAGACCCCUUAUCAAAUUCAAAUGCUCCAAAUCUUCCCUGUGCACUUUCAGAAUCUACGAACUAAUUAGGAGCAAUGGCUACGGAGCUCAAGUCUGAUGCCAUUUUUGACCUCGUCCGGCGAUUCCUCGAGACCGAUGAGGGUAUUAAACUUCGAAAAAAGGUCAACCUCGUCUAUCAGUUCAAUAUCGCCCCCAAGAAAAUUGGGAUCGAUGAGGUGCCUUAUACUCUUAAUCUCAAGACAGGGGAGGUUAUUAAAGGCCCAUAUGAAGGAAGCAAGCCCGAUGCAACAUUUUUCAUUAGUGAUGAAGAUUUUGUCAAGUUUAUUGAGGGAAAAUUGAAUCCCCAGAUUGCUUUCUUGAGGGGUGCUGUGAAGAUUAAGGGCAGUAUGAGUGCAGCCCAAAAAUUCUCUCCUGCCAUCUUCCCAAAGCCGUCAAAGCUGUGAGCUAGGUUAGAUGGUUCCAUUUUAUUGGAAUGGCAGUUUGAAUUUGAAAAUUCAAAUUUGUGAUGGGAUAGCAGAAAUCAUUGCUAGCUCUUGAUCAAUAUCUGUUGUUGAUGAGUGCUUUAACUUUUAUGUGUAAUAUGGAACUGGAUUGGAGGCUCUUCUAGCCAAUAAUAUAAAGCUGCAUGAUUAUCUUUAUUAA